AUGCAGACCGCAACUGCCUUUCUCGCACCUCCCCCGCUGCCUACGGAGGCUCACGGCGACCCCUUGCGCUCUUCGGUCGGUCAGCUUCUCAAGAAGGCGUACGCCUUGCCAUGUUCGACUGCGGCGCAGGCGUUCGCUCAGCUCGUUCAGCCUAGUGCUAGGUUUCAGCUGGCGCUAGAUGCGUUAUUGCCGCUCCUGGACUCCCCUCGCACAGAACUCUCGCAACGGAUCCUCGUGUCUUACAUACUGUAUUCUUUAUAUGCUCCGCACCCGAUCGCUAUUAAUCCCUUUAAAUCCGCAUUGUAUGAUACUUUCAUGAAAGAGAAGAAUGCGGCUGCUCAGGCGACAAGUAAUGGUGCGGUGGGCGAGAACGAGCAACUGGUUUGGGUCCUCUGGAAGGUACUCAAAGGUGACGGCAACGACAUUGGGCCGUAUUCGCCGAGCACUUUGGCCCGCUCACCCCUUCCCCCUAAGUUACGAGCCACAAAUUUGACCCUGGAUGAGGGCAUAUUACCAGAAAGCAACUCGUUCGAUGCGGAUGCACUGCCGUCAAUCAUAGUCGAGGGAGUAACCCAUAAUUCGCCACAUAUACCUUCGAACGGAGUUCGAACGCCCAUAGGUCCAAGAGUCCGCACGCCAGUCUCCAACGGGAGCUUUCAAUCGCCAGUUACCCCAGAAGAGGAUUUGCGAACGCAGAUGCUCUCUCAAGGCAUGACGUUGCUUCUCGCUGCGCGGACGCGCGUACUGACCUUGUCAGAGCAACGAUUGGUCGUUCCCCUCGUCCACCAGCUCACUUUUCCGCCCAUAGUCACUUCAAUAGAUCUGCCUCCUCUGAUUGCUCACAAUCCUACACUGGCUCAUCCCCUAUCGGUAGCUCUUCUAUCGCAACCGCCGACUAAGGCGAAUCCCCACGGACCAAUCACAUAUCUUGAUGUCCUAGCCCGUUUGCCACCCAGUCUCCCAUCGUUUGAUCUUCUUGGCCGUCUGCUCCGCGACACCACGACUAUCAUGGACGUCAUAACCGGCGGGAGGACCACGGUUGCUGACAUCGUGCGCGCUGAUGUGCUGGGGAGAUUUAUUCACGAGAGUAUCCAGUGGUUAGACAAAGCUGAAUCAGAAGGACGUGAAGGACUCAUUAGCGAUGACCGGUUUGAAAAGGGGCUACAAAACCUCUGCCGUUUCUACAACUCUCUAAUCAAACUUGGCGUCGUUGACCCAUCCUCUGACGCCGACUCAACCGAAAUGGCCCACUUCACGCUUCGCAACUCCCGUUUCGAGGAAGCCAACGCGCUGUACCGCGCGCUCGCGCUCGUCCGAUUCUAA